AUGAUCUCUGUUGCAUGUUGUGUUGUUAAAGAUGGUGAGUGCACAAUUAAUUUCAAGGAGGAGCUGGUUUUUAUAGGUGAAUCAGAUGGGAUGUGGCUUGAGGCAGUGAGGUGGACUUUGAUGCAAGCAAGUCAAGCAGGUUGGAGUUCAAUUAGCUGCAUUUUGGCUAACAAACUUCUGGUGAAUAAACUGAACAAAAUGGAUAAUGCUGCUUCUUGUCAUGAUGUGGUAGUGCAGGAUAUUUUUGUCUGUGUUGUAUCUGUGGUUUCAUAUUUGUAUUUGCUAUUGGCUUUCUAUAGCCGUGUUGUUAAGGGGUAUCAUAAUGUAGUUGGAGAGGGAAUUCAGUAUGGCCCUGUCGAGAAGAUUGUAGUUGGAGAGGGAGUCAAUCCAGAGUUAGCCACUGCACAACAGAACAAUGCUAUAGUUGUGUAUAGUCCACCCAUAGCCGCAGCGAGGCAAACUUUGAAGUCGAAGAGGCAAGCGACGAGAGAUGUUCGUCCGAAGAAACAAAUACGACUUCAGAAAUCAUGUCCAUUUGACAUCGACUUUGGCAUAACUGUUUCUGGAAAGAGGCGCGCUGGACCGCGGGUGGCGGGAUAUGGCAUGCUACAGGCAGGGCUGGCGGCUAGCGUGGCGCGUGGGUGCUGGGCUGGCGGCUGGCGAGGCGCGCGGACGCAGGACUGGAGGCUGGCGAGGCGCGCGGCGCAGGGCUGGAAGCUGGUGAGGCGCGCGGUCGCAGGCUGGGGUCUGGUGAGGCGCACGCGGGCGCAUGGGCGCGACUCCGUCGGUCCUGGUGCAGAGGCACGCCCUCGGGUGGCUCAGGACGGCAGGGUGCAUGCGAACAAAGGCGCACGUGGUGGUGCAUGCAGACAGAGGCUCGCGCGGACAGGGGCACGUGCAGACGCGUUACUUGAUGCAUGCAGGUGCGUGCGCGAGGCACGCUGUAGCCUCGUCGCGCGCAGGGCUGGGCGCGGGCUGUGA